AUGCUGUCUCGCUGGUUUCUAGUCAUCAGCACUCUGGCAAUAGUCGCCUCCUCCAGUCUCGCCCAGGACGUUGCGAGCAACUCGUCCAAGCCCAAGCCUUGCAAGGGCAAAUACAAGGCUCUGUGCACAUGUGGGGAGAACACGGAAUGCCGCAACGCCAUGUGCCGCACCUGCCCUGCGGGGACCCUGGGCUGCCACGACUACGACGGUGUCCGUGGCUGCAUCGAUGUCCUCUCCAACAAUAAGAACUGCGGAGCGUGCGACAACGCGUGUCCACAGGACAGCCCCUCCUGCACAGAUGGCAAAUGCGUGUGCCCUACCGGCAAGUCGCAAUGCCAGUGGGAGUCAUACUGCAUCGAUCUCGCCAACGACCCCACCCAUUGUGGGACCUGUGAGAACCAGUGCCAGAAGGGAGAAGCGUGUGUGGCGGGAUCGUGUGGAUCGUGCCCCACCGGUCAACAGGCUUGCAGUACCGACACUCAACCGCCAACAUAUCCGUGCAUUGACAUUCUUUCGAACCAUGACAACUGUGGAGCGUGCGGCCGCAAGUGCGAGGAGGGCAGCCAGUGCAUCAACGGCGACUGCACCUGUCCAGCUGGGCUUCUUGCUUGCGGUACCGACCUUGCCAGCUGCAUUGACCCCAUGACCAACCCCAAGUUCUGCGGGUCUUGUGACGUUUCUUGCGGCGAUGGCAACUGCACUCAAGGCGUGUGCUCUUCUUGCAGCAAAGCUGGCGAAGUCUUCUGCAACGGAGCGUGCCGCGACGUGUCCAGCGACGAAAGCCACUGUGGCGGUUGCUACCAAGUUUGUGAGAACGAGGGCGAGUACUGCAACAACGGUGUCUGCGACACCCACACGUGCCCCUCUGGCGAGGCCUGGUGUGGUGACGACGACACAGGCAAGUGCAUCAACUGGCGGACCGACCCCGUCAACUGCGGAGGUUGCGGUACCACCUGCGGUGCAGGUCAAGCUUGUGUCGAAGGCAGCUGCGAGUAA